GGGUGGCAAGGCCACCCAGGGGACAUAUAUAAAGCAGGGAGAGCCCGGGAGCCACACGUCCUGGACCAGAGCCCAGAGGAGCCUGCCCAGCCCUCCUGGGGAGCAGGCCCACAGCAUGAUGAGAAGCCCGUGCUUCCUGUCCUGCUUCCUUUUCCUGCCACUGGGCAUCUGCUUUCCUCUACUGGAUGGAGAAGAGCCCAUGGGCGCCAUGGGCGGCAUCGGAGGCAAAAUGAGCUGGGCCGACCUGACCGGGAGACACCAAGGCCGCGUCUCACGGGGCUCCUCUGGGCGGCCGACCGUCCCCCACCCACACGCUCUGCUCGUCAUGGCCAAGGAGCUGCAGAUGUCAGGCAGAGAGCGCGCUGGCUUCCGGUUCCGGUUUGGGAGGCAGGAUGAUGGCAGUGAGGCCACCGGCUUCUUCCCGGCUGAUGGUGAGAAGGCUGGCGGCCCGUUAGGGACCCUGGCUGAGGAGCUCAGCGGCUACAGCAGGAAGAAAGGCGGCUUUAGCUUCCGCUUCGGCCGGCGGUGAAGGGGCCAGGGCAUCCAGGAAAGGGGUUCUCCUCAGACCCUCCCCUCACCGUUUCCACCCCUUAGGCCUCACAGACCGAGGCGUGGGUAUUAUUAUAAUGAAUUAUUAGUAGGAUUGGUUAGGGGGGUGCUUACUUUUGAUUUCCAACUUUGCUGAAGCAAAAGUCUGGGUGGUGUCAAUAAAGUGACCAAAAGCAAACUAUCUCUGCGAAGAAGAAAAUGCCCCCCGUUGCGGCAGCUCCCUGACACUGGCACUGUUGUCUGUUUUGGCCCCCUCCCCGCGGCCUGGUUCUCACCAGCUCCUGGCCCCAGCCACAGAGCCGAGGUCGCCAUUGGGCCACGAAAAUGACUAGGCAGAGCUGGCUGUGCAGGCUCCAAGCGGAAGGUAGGCGGACUGAGUGAUUACAGCGGGGUAAUCAAAGUUUUGACAGUCUCCACAGGGACGUCUGUAGCUGACAUCCAAAGUGCAACUGUGAAUGAGAGCAUUCCACUGGGCACAGAGCAUGGUUCUGAAAGUUAAAAAUGAAAAAAUAAAAUCCUGUUCUCCACCCCAUUAACACAAGAUCCCUCUGGCAAGAAAACCCUGCUGUGGCGUCGAGCUGCUGUUCAGAACCAGCUGCCAUUCCCUUCUGGUAACUGUCCUUCCUGGUGGCACAGUGUUUGCCAAGCCACCGCUCUCGUGGGAGUUGAACAAGGACUUCACUUUUGCUGUAGCAAGGUUGCAUUUCAAAUGUUCGGAGUAUGAAUGUGUUG